AGCUUUUCUCGGGUCCAGGUAAAGGAUCCAGCGCAGAGUCCAGCGCACCCGUCCGGCACGAAGUGACGCCGAACUGGUGCGAGGCACCAAACCACGGCGGUUCUCAGAGGCUCCGCGGCUAUGCCCAUGCCAGCUGCCGAUAACAACAUGCACAUCCCCGCAGGCGACGAGGCAGACCCCUCGGAGUCCAGCUUGGCGCAGAUGGUCCAGAUGCAGGGAGCUCAGCUGCUGGCGCUGGAGAAGCGUUGCGCGGAGCUGGAGAAGCGCUUGGCAGCUGGUGUGGAUGGCAAUCAGCAGUUGUCCGUUGAUGUUGACGAGAACCUCCCGACGAACGAAGUGGGCGACGGCACGAACAUGCGAGCAUCCAGGAUCAAAGACGUGGACUCGGCGACGUAUGCCUUUGAGGCCUCGAUGUGGGAUGCAGCUUUGCUGGUCUAUGUCCAUCAGACGAACUUCACAGAUAUGGUGAUCCUCUUAAUCGGAUGCGUGACCAAUUUGACGCUGCAAGUCUUCUUGCUUCUCACUGUCAGCAUGGACAUGCUUGACAACAGCUAUGAGGAAGAAAAGAUACAAGAGAUGUUGACUUGGCGUGUGGAGACUGGGCAUCAUCUUGCCGUCUUUGAUGACAGCCGUGGUUUGAGUAGGUUAGACAAGCUAUGCAACAACAAGUUGUGGGCCUUUGAGCAGGAUGAGUACAACAAGCUGUAUGACUACCUGUACAAGCCCAUGCCCGGGUUUGCCCUGAGCACGCUCGCUAUCAUCAUGUGGAUCUUGACGAUCAUGAAGGAGUACCGGCGUUGCGUGGAGCAGGCGUUGGCAGUGUAUCACCUCGACAGCAAGGACGUGGUGCGUGGUCGGGAGUUGGUCACCACAGAGGAUGAUACCAUGCAGAUUGUGGGGCUCAGCAGAAUGAAGAAAGGCUUGGCUUUGGUCUUUUUGAGCCUGCCACGACUUGGAGUGAUGUUCUCCCUCGCGGUCAUCGGUAGCAUCUACUUGGCGCAGACGGUGAGCUUGCAGGAUAUCGUGCUGAACGCAGUGGGACUGGCGUUUGUGAUGGACGCGGACGAACUGCUGGCCGAUGUCAUGUUGACCGAGCGUUUGCGGUCAGUGGUGGAGAAGGUGGAACCGAUGACUUGCGGCAAGAUCAGUCGAAGAGACAGCAAGCACCUCCCUUACAAGGACAUGCUGCGAUAUUUCAUCACAUUAGGCUUGAUUAUCGCAGCAGUUCUCAUUUGGCUGGUGCCCUUCCAGCAGCAUGUUGAAUCAGCGUCCUUGAUCUUAUGUGGAGGCUACCAGGAGUUUAGCUACGAUGGAGGCAUCGACACGGCUCCAGAUAUCGUGCUGCACCCAAAGACUUAUGGCAACGACAUUUGGGGCUCCACCUGUGACCCAACCAUGGAAGAGCUCUACCUCAGCCUCCACUACGGUGCCACAUUCAACUCCAGUUUGGCUUUGAACAUCUCCCAGCCGAAUUAUCCCGCCAAGAGGACGCAGACGGUCAUGAACUUUGCAUUGAUGCAGGGGAAUUGUGGGACAGGUGAGGUGAUGGCCCCCCAGAAUGAGCAGACCAAGGCGGGCACCGCAAGUCGGCAGUGCCAGAAACCUCCGGAUGUGUUCACAACUGUGCUAGCCAGUGUGCCGGAUGUGAGCAUCAUUCCUGGGGGAAGUCAUGGAUAUGGUGAAUGUCCACGGUUCAAUCUUUCUGCUGGAUGUUUUGAUUCGUCACUGAAUAUGCCUCCAGAUCCUUGCAUUUGGAGUUGGAUGUCCAUGAAAUGUGAUGGGGAAUCAGCUCCCGGAAACACCUAUACCACUUUGUGCUCUGACAGCACUGACUUGAACCAGAUGUGCGACCGAUGGCAGUUCAUUUUUGGACAGUCUGAUGGGUCUCCAACCUAUAACUGCCGAAGCCGAGAUUAUUGUGAUUCGCCAUACAAAUGCCUUGGUAUGACCUUUUCACUGGCAGUAAAAGUGGAUGACACUUCAGCUUGGACCUCGAAUACUCCCGACUUAUCUAUUCAAAUUGAGGUGGCGAGGCAGGUGCGCAUGGCAGUGAAGCAGAUGCUGAACGUUGGCCUCACAGCCCCCAACCUCAUCUCAGACAACCAAGUCCGUGCGGCAGAGAUCAAUGUUAACGGUAACACCAAGCGCAUCACGUAUGACGUGGGUGUCACGGAGCUGCCCUAUCAGAUCAAGCCGAAGCAAUACCUUGGAGGUGAUGAGUUUGUGGUUGCCUUUAACGACCUGCUCGCCAUGAACAGUUGGGACGUGGGCUUGGUUGCUACGGAGGGUUCCCAAGAGUCCCAGUUCUCAUGGAGUUCCUCGAGUAGUUGAGAGCGGCGUUUGGCGGAUGCCGAAGUGGGAGCUGAGGGUCUGGAUUUGGCUUUAAUUUUGCUGAAAGGCGAGCACGAGGUCGCUUGGGGGGAGGAGGUCGAGCCGGUGCUGAAGAGCAAUCGCUGUCCUCUGAGGAAGAGGGAAUGUGUGCACAGGGACCUGCAUGUUUGGAAACGAUCCAUAAGGAGCCGAAGGUGCCGUCAAUGAGGCGUGGCUCAACACCUACUCCUGGGGCAUCACUACAGACGUGCAGUUCCUUAUCCCAGACCAACAAUCUCCAGUUUGAGAGCUCGCACAAAGCGCGCUUUCUUGGCGCACGGUGAAAGGCCGUGGCGCAAACACCUGAUUGAGGCAGUGGCUCGAAAUCUUAGCCUCUUUGAAACAAGAGAAGGGCAGAAACGUUGCGAUUUUACCCUGAGUCUGCAAAAGACCAUGAAUUUGAGCCAGAGACCUCCACGACGAUUCUUUUUUGAGGGGAAUAUGUAUAGGGCUCAUUGCCGCACCUUCUUUGGCGGCGUUGCAUGGAGUCGGAUGCGGGUCCGGAUCUCAAAGGAUCCAUCGAAGAUGGUCCGCCCACGUAAUGUUUUGGAACUCCGUGACCCACCAGUCAACAGGAUGUGAAAGCCGCCAACCAUUGGCAGCCCGAUCUUUGGUUUCAUCCCCUGGCCUGAGUUUUGAACUGCGUUUGAAAGGAAAGCUGCUGAGAAAAACCUGAUCCAGGUUCUCUUUUGAGAUCACUUGCCCCCUUGUGGUUGCCAGACUGGAGACGUGUUAGUCAGGUGUUGUUGCAAGAACCCGGCAGGUUGGCUGGUUUCAUUCAACUUGUGAUGUUUAGAUUUACCUGUUCAUUAGGUC